AGCGCCCGGCGCAUCCACAGCUCUUUCUAGAGACAAUCGCAGGAGAGCACAGCAACCAGCGAGCAGCGAGCCCAGGCGCAGCCAUGGCGUCCACCACCUGCUUCCUCCACCAGUCCACCGCCCGCUUCGGCGCCGCCGCCUCGGCGCGCCCCCAGGCGCCGCGGGCCCAGCUCGUGUGCAAGGCGCAGAAGCAGGACGCCGCCGCCGAGGGCGACGCCGCGGUCACCCGCCGCGCCGCGCUCACGCUCCUCGCGGGCGUCGCCGCCGUCGGCGCCAAGGUGAACCCCGCCGCCGCUGCCUACGGAGAAGCAGCCAACGUGUUCGGGAAGCCCAAGACGAACACGGACUUCAUCGCCUACAGCGGCGACGGGUUCAAGCUGCUGAUCCCGUCCAAGUGGAACCCCAGCAAGGAGCGUGAGUUCCCCGGCCAGGUGCUCCGCUACGAGGACAACUUCGACGCCAACAGCAACGUCUCCGUCAUGGUCCAGCCCACCACCAAGAAGACCAUCACCGACUACGGCUCGCCCGAGGAGUUCCUCGCCCAGGUCGACUACCUCCUCGGCAAGCAGGCCUACGCCGGCAAGACGGACUCCGAGGGCGGGUUCGAGACCGACGCGGUGGCCACGGCCAACAUCCUGGAGAGCUCGGCGCCGGUGAUCGAUGGGAAGCAGUACUACAGCGUGUCCGUGCUGACCAGGACGGCGGACGGCGACGAGGGCGGGAAGCACCAGCUCAUCACGGCCACCGUCUCGGACGGCAAGCUCUACAUCUGCAAGGCGCAGGCCGGCGACAAGAGGUGGUUCAAGGGCGCCAGGAAGGGCGUCGAGAAGGCAGCCAGCUCCUUCAGCGUCGCAUAAGCACGGAAUUUGUUUCUUUUGGUUCAGGGAUGCUUACGUAGAUACAGAGGCUGGGCAUGCGUGUGCGCUCCGGCCUUUGAUUGUACAUGAGAACAAAGACCAAGGAGAGCUCCAUUUCGUCCCUGCAAGGAUUGAUUUCUGCUCUCAUCCACGAUGUUUAAGAACUCCUAGUACUAAUAAUGCUUCGUUUUUGUA